GAGUCAGGAAGACUACAAUCCACGCCCUGGGCAAGGCAGCUGAACGAGCAUCAAGUUGGCUCUGGUUAAGACGCAGCGAACCAAAUUGGCAGCCAUCGUAGACGAGGUAGUGAUUGGCCAUCACUACCUGCCCCGCCACCUUGAGGUUGUACCGAGCAUAAUGAGGCGAAACAACCUAUGACAGGUGGAGCUUGGCUGAUGACGUCUACGUUCAGCAGUUUAAACUGUAUUAUUACAUCAUAUAAUUAUAUGUGAUUAAAAGAGCAAGUUUGUCUUUCAUCUUUGGAGAAACGUAAAUUAGUUUUCACAUACUUUAUUGAGUACAUGUAAUACUGUUGAAAAUGUAUAUAAACUCAACUUUUUAUCAAAAAAUUAUUAAGUUUAUAACUAAAAGUGUGCUUUUGAUAAUAUUCAGGGAAAUUGUGCUAAUUGAUAUUAUAGUUUCAAAUAAGGUUGAUAUAAUAUUAGUGUGGACAUAUAAUUUAAAGUGGUUUGUGGUAUUGGAUAAUAAUGACGGACUACUAUUGUGCAUAUUGUAGUGAACUAGUGGGUGAUGAUGAUGAGGCUGUGUCCUGUGAUCUUUGUUCAAAAUGGCAGCAUCGCAUAUGCGAUACAGGUAUUACCAAGAGACAUUACAACCAGGCCAUGAGAGGCAAGAAAGAGCUCAUCUUCACGUGCUGCGCAUGUAAGGAGAAUGAGAUGGAAGACAGCGGGGCUGCUCAACAGCCCGAACAGAUGGAAGGUGUUGCCCACUCAACCAUGAUAGAUGCCAGUGAAGAACUCCCGCCACUACCAAGUAUUACAUUCAACUUGGAGUUCAGCCUUGGUACUUUAACCUCCACUGAUACCACUGCAGCGGACACAACAGGGGUUGAGCCGGACGACAACUAUGACAACACCGAGAACACCAACACCGAGAAUGAGCCUGACAACGCCCCCGCUUACUUCGACCUCAGUCGAGAUGGACCAACCCUUGUGCAGAUCAUUGUAGAAGACCCACUACCCGAUGCACCUCUGACAGAUACCAUCAUAGAAGAUGGAGAGAUUAGGUAUGAGGUCGUGGAAGAGGGCACUGAGCGUCAAAAGAAGAAGUUGGUAUCUUCUGAUGGUUACACAUAUGUCCAGAAGCAAAAACCUACUGCCAGGAGCGUUCAAUGGAGGUGUUCUGUUCGGCGCCAGAACUUGAGGUGUUAUGCCUGUGUUAAUCAGCAGGGCGAUAUCUUCACUGCAGGAACCGUGAAGCACUGCCAUCCCGCAGAUGGACUCGCGAGCAAGAGGGUGACACUGAAUAGAGAUAUACGUAGAGAAGCUGUCCGAGAUGUACACCAGCCCGCCGGUACAAUAGUGGAAGGUUUGAUGCAGGACGUUAAUCAACAGGGUGAUUUCAAUCUACCUAAACCCUCAACUCGGGCGCGUAACGUCAACAGAGCCAGAGCACAAUAUAGACCUUAGGAACCAGACUCCUUGGAUUUUGAGGUUAACGCAGAAUUCCUGAAAGAAGAAUUUCUUGUUGGUGAUGUCCGUGUAGAUGAACAACGCCAUUUGCUAUUCACCACCUCCAACCAGUUAGGACAUCUGCAGAAGGCCAAACGAUGGUUUCUGGAUGGAACAUUCGACGUUGUGAACAAACCCUCUUACUCUUGUUAUAUGUGUUGUGUUUGUCUUAUGUAAAUAUUCUUGGUAGAUGUAUAAAAGAUAUGUUAUUGAAAAUCAUGUUUGUGAAAUUUAUAUAGACAUUUGCAAUAAAGCCAUAAUAAAUAUUUAUGAACUUGUUUGUUUUAUCUUCUGAGAUGUUAAUAGACCUUUUGAAUUGCCCACCCCAACAUAAUUAUUUGUCAAUGUGUGUAACUGAAGUCUUUGUUUAUCUGUUUUGACACUUUGAUUAAUCUGUUUUGACAAUUUUAUUAAGCCUCAUCAUUGGUGUGAAUGCUUGAUUGUAAUACCCAUAAAUGGCACGCUCUCACCAGAUUAAAUCUCCUUUCUGUAAUUAAUGUUUUCUGAAUUAAACCAUUGUAUUUUAUUAAAUUAAUUAUCCUAUCAUCACGAAUAAAUUAAUUAUUGUGAAAAUGUAAAAUUCGAAGAAUUGAAUGAAAUUAUUUAAUCAACUUCAAUAUUUAACAAAGUUCUAUUAAUAAAAUAACCUAAUAAUAUUAUUUAAAACCCAUGCACAAACAUUACACAAAAUACUUUAUUUAUUUCAAUUUUAUAUGCUGUAACACAGUUUAUAGAUAAAUAAAUUGGUUGAAUUGCAUUUGACAAAAAUCACAAUGUCAUCUUUCAUUUACAUACUACAGUUUAUUAUUACGUCAAAAUUGUGCUCCCAAGUCAAAAUUAUAACACCAAAACAUCUGCUCACAACUUAUGUUAAAAAAUAUGACAAAUGAAAAUGACAUUAAAAUCUCAUAAAAAUAUGGGGGUGAAUUGUCUAUUGGGGUGAGUUGUCCAAGGAAAUCAAAUUCUGGGGGUCAGUUGUCGAGGGGGUGAAUUGUCUUGGGAGUGAAUUGUCUGACACCCGAUAACAUAAACUUUACUAAAACUAUACAAGGAUGCAUAUUGGAUGAAACAAACUCGAAAUAUAGUUUAUUAACAGGAAAAAUUUUCGAUAUAUUUUGCUCAAUAUAUACUAUCUAGGCAACGUUUUUUCAUAAUAGUCACAAAUAUGUGUGUAUUUAAAUUCAGGAGUGAUGCGACCGAAAUUCGUGUCGGAACUCUCGCUAUUAAAAAGAUAGAGUGGACUAUUGACGCCAAGAGUCUGCCAAAGCAAAAAUCAUCAAAAGACUAUGGCGGCAAUUUAUAUUGACUAGUGUUGUUUAUGACACCUCAUCAGCGAUUUAUCGGCUAAUUAUUGAUUUUAUUAGGCAUUCACACCAUGGUGGUCUUCAAGAUAGUGGUCGCUUAUUGCUAUCGAUAGUUGUAUUAUAAUGAAAUAAAUGUUGAAAAUGUGUUUGUUUUUGUCUUUGUUUGAAACGGUUUAAAAAAACAAUUGUUUUGUAAAAUUAACGUCAUGAAUGAGUCUUUAACAUUCAAUGUUUAGUUCCAAUCUGAAUGUGCAAUAUAUAUACCAAAAUCGCAACAAACAGUCCAAUAAGUGAUACCCAUCCUGUCUAGUGUAAUUGGGUGUAAUUGUAAUAAAAACAACGAGGUGCUAUGCAUGACAGUUUGACCCUACUCCAAUUAAGCUAAAAACAACGAGGUGCUAUGCAUGACAGUUUGACCCUACUCCAAUUAAGCCGCGACAAUUGACAAGUAACAAACUGCGCUGUCAAUCCCUCACUCAAACG